GAUCUUCCAUUCGAGACCCUGGAGCAGAUCUGCGCACUCAUCUCUGGAUCACGACCAAGCAACCUGAUCCCGUUUUCUGAAGUCAGCAAAAAAUGUCUUGCGGCGUCAUCUCAAUCACUUUGGCAUACCAUACCGCUCUACAUUAGGAGACAAGAUCAACUUCCGGAGGACAUCAGCAGGCUCAAAAGUAUCAUUCAGACCCGGCUAAGCCGUAAUGCAAGAGUGCGCUGUGUCUCAGUUGCCUACCGUCUCCCACUGGAUGACCGUAGAGAUAGAAGAAGUUCAUACCGCUCCAGAAGAGUCUACAUGGAUGAUAUUGUCUGGCAACCACUAGCGGACGUACUGGCCAAAAUUCCAGACUUAUCAGAGAUUGAGUGGGAGAGCGACAAGCUCCCAUUUUGUAUUCUUCAAUGCCUAAGUUCUCGGCAACCCGGUUGCAAGCUUCGAAUAAUGAGAGUCAAAUCCGGCGUGGAUAAACCCCUGGAUAUUGAUGACCAACUUGCGCGGAAUUUGUCCUUCAUGUAUGAAUUGCUCCUACCGUUGCAUAACGACUACGUCUGCCGUGAAAGUCUCAACGCGAACGAAGCUAACGAAUUGAUCUUAAUCAGAAGCCUGUCAGCCAGCCUCACGCAUUUGAAGCAUCGACAUGCCUAUUUUCCUGACCCUCGCCAUGUCCAAAAGCCUGGUCCGUCUGAUUUCGAACUGGUCUCGAGAUCCUCGAAGAACAUGAUUGAACCUCGAACGCGUUACAAGGCGGCUACUUUAUCCUCCCUGGAUAUGAUAAGUCAGAGCCAUUCAUCAUUGAUACAGUGGAUUCGACGUCCAGAAAUUAUCAUGUGGAGCGUUCUCACUCAUGUUCCUGCUCUACGGACAUUCAAGAGCAAGUGGGCACUUCACAGUAGUGAAAUUGAGUGGUUGACAGAUGAGGGCAUACUUGGGUCGCUGAAGACGCUCGAUAUCGUCCUCUAUAGAGAAGGUAGCUCGCAAGACUCUACUUUUCUGCUUUUCGCAGUCUUCCACAACUAG